CGUGAUUUGGAUCCAACCCAUCCACGGCUUGGGAGAGAUGUUGCGAUGUGGGCCGAAUCAUGGGUGCGCAGUGUAGCAGGCUGGACUGCGUGACAGCGGCGGCAGAGUACUCCAACCAGGAGCUGACUAUCCGUCCGAGGAUCAAGACUUGUUGGCAGGACUGUUCCUCUGGCCAAACAUGCAGUUCAUGGAGUAUCAAUGUCCUGACGCAGGAUGAGGCUCCAAUUGGAAGCGAACCUUUCGAUUCCCAGGUGCUACCCUCGCCUGACAACUUUGCGCUCUUGCAUGGCUCACCAGGAAGACCAAUUGCGAACUGGCGAACUCGCUACACUCUUGGCUGCGAGCUGGGUUGCGGGCAGACUGCUACAGUUUUUGAGGCCUUCUCUUUGGCACGAUCUCAAAAUGAUGGCCGCAGGCCAUGGCACCAUCAGCAUGCAGGUCUUGGACGUGAUCGAAGCCCCUCGGUGAGGAAUGGUGGCCGCAAAGUUGCGCUCAAACGCUUCAAUCAGCGAGGGACAGUGAUGUUCAAGAAUGAACUCAAGGCCCUCGUUGCUGCCGGGGUGCAUCCUCACAUUGUUCGUUUACUAGAGAGCUUUGAGGGUGGUUCUCAAGAAGAUGUAAUGGUGCUCGAGUAUUGCAGUGGAGGAGAUAUCUACGAGUUGUAUGCCUCCAGCAAUGGGUGCUGCAUGCUGGAAGCAUUCGUGUCGCAGAUCAUGCGCCAAGUAGUGCUGGCUCUGCAGCAUUUGGUGGCGUGUGGCAUUGAGCACCGUGAUGUCAAACCCGAGAAUCUGCUGCUGUAUGGUGUUUCGGAUGCCACACAGAAUGAGCAGGUGCCAUUGAUCAAGCUCGCAGAUUUCGGUUGGGCAGCGAUUGUGGAGAAUGGUGGACCUCCACCCAGCAUUCCUCCGGAAGGUGUUGGAUCGCUUUGGUAUGCUCCACCGGAAUUGAAUCCGCCUGUGAGGGGAGCAGAGAUCGUCAUUGAUGAGCUCCAAGGUGGCAAAAGUGACAUGUGGAGUGUGGGAAUCAUCACCUACCUGUUGCUCACGGGUCACAGCCCUUUCCACUUGGCUUUGGGUGUCGCCGACACUUCCAAAAGGGAAGAGGAGGUGAUGCGGCUUGCUGCCCAUGGACAACUAAACAUGACAACGAAGGCUUGGAACACCGAGCUGUCCCAGUUUGCGAAAGACUUCAUUCUAGCCUUGAUCAAACCAGACCCUGCAAAGAGACUGGGUCCGUCUGAUGCCCUCCAGCACGCCUUCAUUGCUGCAAGUUCAGCGCAGUUCCCGGAGUGUGGCGGAUUCAGGUUUUGUUCACUUGGCAUUGAAGACCCACUCCUCAGGUGGAAUGCCUUAGACAGCUUUCAGCGGUUGUGUUGGCUUGCGAUUGCACGUGCAUUCACUGAACCUGAACUGGUGGAGUUGAGCUCAGUGAAGGACUUUGUCCGACAUGACGGAGGCACGUGCACCGGAUACGUUGAGAGGCUGGCCGCUCAAUUAGUCUGCGUGGCUUCAUCGUCAAUUGUCUUAACUUCGCAGGCGUCUUGGAGUGAUGUGCUCUAUUUGGCUUUCCUCUACUUGGAUGUGGACUGUGAUGGUUUUCUUGGUGCAGAUGACCUGAGCGUUCAUCUUCCAGGUGCCUAUAGGAUUCGAGAGAUCUCACAGGCAUGCAUCAGCAAAUGGAGGACACGACCCCAGGUACUAUCAAUGGGAGCAUCAAACUUUCUGACUUACACAGACUUUCGUCAAGCAGUCAUUGCUGCCACCGCACCGUCAGUUUGUGUAUCACAGGAACACAGCCCUGACAUGCCUAAAGCUAGCAAAGAGAGUGAUGAGCAGCUGGAAGAGCGCAUGGACGCGAUUGAAGAGGCUUGCCGCAAAUUUGCCAGUGAAGGCUUUGAAGAGGAGAUACCAGGAGAGAUGAAGAUCUGAAGAGGAGGAAGCAGUGAUGGCUUUCCCAAAGGUGGUUGGCCAUCAUAGUCUUGGCGGUACUCCCAAUCUUCCAUUCCCUGGCCAGUUUCACAAGCAUUGCCUUUCUUGCAAUGCGCCCCAAGUAAUUUCACGCGUUCAAGUGCCUGCCUUUCAUGCUUCAAGAGAAGCCAUGGCCUGGACUCAAAGUAGCCACAGAUGCCACAGAUAAUGCUCGCCUAGGCCCUAGCAAUGGUUUUAAAGGGGUCCAGAAGGCCCAGCAAAAAGAUUUGAAGGCAAG